AAUGGCUCAUUCUCGAUGAAGCCCAUGCAAUCAAAAAUCGAGAGAGCCGCACGUACCAUUCCAUUUCGACUCUCAGACUUCAGUUCGACAGCUGUCUCAUGAUGACAGGCACACCACUGGACAACAAGUGGAGUGAUGGCUAUGCCCUUCUCAGUAUGCUCCACGGCCAUCCAAUCACCAGCUUCCUACUCUUUCAGGCAGCGUUCAUCCAGAGCUUGUCUACAGGCCCCGACUUCCCUCAAGGCUUCCACAGACAGAGAUACAUCCAGAUGCUCGACGCCUGUAGCCUUCGUCGACCACAGAGCGCAAUUCAAGAGGAAUUCCCCGACAUUGACCGAAAACGCAUCGUGACAUUCCCUCUCGAUCCAGAGGAUCGAAGGCGUUCUAAUGACGCCUACCACAUGUUCAAGAAGGCCAGAAGACCCGGUAGCAAGCUUGCGGGCUGGAAGUAUCUUAUACAGGCCCAACAGUAUGCGUACCACCCUAUGCUGGUUGAGCUUAAGUUUGAGAGAGAUGCCCUGGCUAGAGCCAUGCGCCGCAAUGAGGCUAUGGAAACGUUCGAGCAAGGCAACGAAGCAGCGACAGAUCAGCUCGUUCAGUGGAAGAAACGACUGGAGCAGGACGAGAACUGGCUCUCUCGUCGGGUGAGAGUCAUCACGGACGUUGUCGACCAGCACAAAGAUCAAUAUCCCGACCAUUCGUUUUUAAUCGUGGAUGAAAGUAUCUACUUCUUGGACAUUGUCGCGAUUGCCCUCAGGAACAGGUUUGAGCCAGAACCGCAGCUUGAGUACAAUGGGCGGCUGGGUCCCAUCGACAGACACUUCGUCAUCAAGACGGCUUUCGAGGCUAAGCCUCCCCAGGUCAUGCUUGCCACCAGAGCUACAGGAGGACAGGGCCUCAAUCUACAGUGCUUCAAUGUCGUCAUUCAGUGUGGGCCGUGGUGGAAUGCGGCAUGGGAGUUACAGGCAAGGGGACGUGUCUACCGGCCAGGCCAGAAGAAGCCGGUAUUUGUGUACGAAAUCAGGGCAGAAGAUUGUCUCAUUGAACAACACAAGGUUAAAGUUCGCGACAAAAAGGACGAGCUGAAUAGCGAGUUGGAGGAUGCGAUCACCCGGGGUGAUACCGUCAAUCUCACGGAGAACGAUCGGAGACAACUCUCUUAAGUUAUCUUCACCGGUCGCCUUUGCCGAUAUUGUCGGCAUCAAUAUUUUGGCGUCGCCUUUCCGCCUCUUGCCAGUCUCGUUGCGUUUCAUUGUGUUGCUGGACAGGGUGUUGAUUUGGAACUGGAGCUUAGGUAUGGACACGGCAAGGAUCAUAUAGCUUAAUCGAAGAAGCUCCGGUAUAACAGUUUAAUACGAUGAUCAAGG